AUGAGCGAUGACGUUGGUUACACCACCGAGCAGUUAAUGGAGUUAGCAGGACUUUCCAUUGCGCAAAUAAUAUGUAAGGAAUACACUUUGAAUAAAUUUAAAAAAAUUCUUAUAUUUUGUGGACCUGGUAAUAAUGGGGGCGAUGGCUUAGUUGCUGCUCGGCAUUUGAAGCAAUUUGGUUACGACAUCACAGUGGCUUAUCCCAAGGAGAAUAAGAAGGUUCUGUUUCAGAGGUUACUGAAUCUGCUCCAGCACUACCACGUGCCGGUUUUGAAGUCCUCAACAGGUGCAGACGUGAAGAUGUACGACUUAGUCGUGGAUGCCAUAUUCGGCUUUAGCUUCAGAGGAGAACCUCGGAGCCCCUUCGACCAGAUAAUACAUAUCAUUAACCAGAGCAACAAGCCCGUCGUGUCGGUGGACGUACCAUCGGGCAUAAACAUAGACGGGGGAAAUGCGCCAAACGCGGUGUCUGUCAACUCCGAAAUGAACAUAUCGUUGAUGCUUCCCAAGGAGGGGGUUCGUCAUUACGGGAAGAAGCAUUACUUGGGGGGAAGAUUCAUACCGAAUUCGAUCGUGGACAAGUACAAUUUGAAGAUUCCUCAAUUUGCAGGUUAA